UGCUCGUGGCAUAAGGACAGUCAAACACACAGGCAGAAGAGUAGAACAGGCAAGAAUUACCAAGGACGCGACAGAAAGCACUCACGGUCAACGGCACUGCCCAUACACUCAGUCCACCCUGGCGGGGACCUCACCAAUGACCUCCAUGAAAACAGGGUCCCAGACAAGCCAGUUGGUCUGAAGGCCGUGGCGCUGACUGACCACAUCAGGGUGUGCUGGCAGCCCCCCGCACAGCACAAUGUGAUGCUGUGCGGCUACACCAUUGCCUGGGACCGAGGCGUGGCGGACAUCUACUCCAAGAUCAUGGACAGCAAGCAGUGCAGUUACAUCAUUGAUAAGCUGGAACCCAACAUGGAGUUUGUGAUAAGCCUGCGAGCCUUCAACAACGUGGGUGACGGGCAACCGGUGUACCAGCAAGUCCGCACCCAGCCAGAGGAGGAGGAGGUGGUGGCACCCACGCUGGACCUGGCGGUGGGGGUGAAGGCCGUGGUGCUGCAGUGGGCGGACACCAUGCUGAGCCAGAACCAGUACAACAGCUGCACCACCUUCUCGUCCUCAUCCUCCAGCCGCUACGUCAACGCCACGGAUGUAUGUGACCUGCCUCAUUGACAGCCUCAAGCCAUCAACAGUGUGUGAGUUUGCUGUGAAGACCAUCAGGGUGAGACCACAGUGCUGGAAGCCUUCGUUCUUCUUUCAGUAAAUAUUCACUCAGUCCUGCAACACUUCUCAAGGAAAUCCUGCACAGCUGAAUCCUUGCUGUGAUGAGGCACAGAUAAAUUAUGACUCAUAGGGUGAGCUAUUACUAGUGUUUGAGAUAUUGAUUUUUUCAUUGACCUUUUGCAAAUACUUAAAAAUGAACCUUACAUAAUGGUAUUAGAAACAGCACAGCAAGGUUGACAAUGAUUUAAUCAAAUUGAUUUAAUCAGAUGAUUAAAUGAUUGA